CAGUAGCCGUUAUUCUUUUCCACCACAGUGAACUGGUAAUCACGGCGCCGUCCGUACUGGGACGGGGAGCUUGUGUGCCGCGAAGUAAACAAAAUGGACUUAGGUUAAUCGCUGACGUUAGGAAAUGGAUACAUUCGGGAGCUGCCAUCAGGGGCUGAGUGGGCCGAGCCCCAAGGAUCCUGGGUCCACUGUACUGAACUCUGGUCCAGCAGGCGCUCCCUCUGUGUCUCACAUGGAUGUCCAGGGGUACAAAACAGUGCGCUGGAAGGUGUGGCUUUGUCACCUUGGAGCAGUCUGUUCUGUCGGUUUGCUGCUGGUAUUGUUUAACUGGCGGCCUCGUCUAGGUGUUCUGGCGAAAUGCACCUCCUGUCCCAUUCCAAUGGCAGAUACAUUACUAUUAAGAGAUAGUCAUGGACAGCAGUUUGUUAUAGAAGUACAAACAGAAGAGACUGAGCAAGGGAGUAUUGACCAUGCUAGGGGUGAGUUGGAAGACGAUGAGUGGAGAGACGAUGUUCAUCUACAUGAAGAACAGAAAACCUUGCUGCGAUACUAUGUGUUCGAGGGCAUGCGAUAUGUGUGGAUGCCCCGGAAAGGGGCUUUCUGCAAAGUUAGUAUCCUUAAUGAAGGCUGGACCUGUGCUGACUUGCAUUGCCUUCAGCGAGGACUGACUCGAUUGGACCAAAGCUCAAGGAGACAGAUCUUUGGAGAUAAUAUCAUUGAUGUGCCUGUGAAAUCCUGCCUGAGGUUGCUGGUUGAAGAGGUCCUCAACCCAUUCUACAUGUUUCAAGUGUUCAGCAUCAUCCUGUGGAUGUCAGAUAAAUACUACUACUAUGCAGUUUGCAUCUUUAUAAUAUCCUUCAUAUCCAUCACUGUAUCCCUGUAUGAGAUCAGGAAGCAAAGCACAACACUGCACAGCAUGGCCCAGCUGAUGGUGAAUGUCACCGUGCGCAGAGCCUCUGGAGAGGAAGAGCUUGUAAGUUCGGUGGAGUUGGUUCCAGGAGACUGUGUGAUAGUCCCAUCUGAGGGAUUGCUCAUGCCGUGUGAUGCUGCCCUGCUGGCUGGGGAGUGCAUGGUCAAUGAAAGCAUGCUCACAGGUGAGAGUGUUCCUGUGAUGAAAACACCCUUGCCUGAUAACAAGGAGAGGUACAGCCCUGAAGCUCAGCGCAGACACACACUGUUCUGUGGCACACAGGUCAUCCAGGCUAAAGGGGGUCAUUCCAGUGGGAAUGGAGCAGUAGUAGUUGUCACACGCACAGGUUUCUUUACAGCUAAAGGUGACCUUGUCAGUUCUAUUCUCUACCCUCAGCCAGUUAACUUCCGCUUCUAUCAGGAUGCCAUGAAGUUUCUAAUUUUCUUAGGAUGCAUGGCAACCUUGGGCACAAUUUACAGCAUAGUAAUGCUUUAUAGGAGCAACACCACUUGGCCAGAGCUUGUGAUCCGGUCCCUGGACAUCGUGACCAUCGUGGUGCCGCCUGCCCUCCCUGCCGCCCUAACAACAGGCACUUUAUAUGCCCAGCGGCGCCUGAAGAAGAGAGGGGUGUUCUGCAUAAGCCCCCCUCGUAUCAAUGUCUGCGGAAAAAUCUCUCUGUUCUGUUUUGACAAGACAGGUACUCUGACCGAGGAGGGUUUAGAUGUGUGGGGCGUGAAGUGUGUGAGUGGAACAAGGUUCGAUGAGCUUAUCCCAGACCCCCGUCUUCUGCCCCCUGGCCCCAUGGUGAUGGCCUUGGCCUCCUGCCACUCUGUGGCCUUGCUAGGUGAUCAGGCCAUUGGAGACCCCUUGGAGCUCAAAAUGAUAGAGUCCACAGGCUGGGAACUGGAGGAGCUCACUAAUGAAACAGGAGUAAUCAGUGAGUUUGGGAGCUAUAGAAUACUGAUGGUGAUGAGGCCACCUGCUGCUGAGUUCCAGCCUACGGGCAUAUUCAUCAGCCAACCUGUGGCCAUAGUGCGCCGCUUCCCAUUCUCCUCCACACUGCAGCGGAUGAGUGUGGUGACCGUGGGCCCUGGUGGAGACUCACCUCACAUUUUCCUCAAGGGAGCACCAGAGAUGGUGGCCAGCCACUGUCUGCAAGAAAGUGUGCCUCCUCAGUUUUCCAACACAUUGAUUGAAUUUGUGAGUGAGGGCUUCAGGGUCCUAGCACUUGCCUACAAGGAGAUGGAUGCACAAACUGAUCUCAGGAGUAUUACAAGGGCCGAGGUGGAGAAAGACCUGUUGUUUUUGGGUCUGUUGGUGAUGAAGAACCAGGUGAAGCCUGAAAGUGCAGAAGUAAUUGGUGACCUGAGACGAGCUCAGAUCCGGCCCGUCAUGGUUACUGGUGAUAACAUUCUCACUGCCUUGAAUGUGGCACAGUCCUGCAGAAUGUUGUUGCCACAUGAGCAAGUUAUUUUUGUUCAUGCAUCGCCCCCUGCUGCCAACUCCAUGGCAUCCUUACAAUUUCAGCAAAGGGAUGGCAGGGAUGCUACCAUCAACACACAGGAGACCAUGGAUAUCCUGGAACAGGGCCUUUACCAGAACAGUCUUAAGUAUCAUUUGGCUAUAAAUGGAAAGUCUUUUGCAGCACUGUGCGAUCAUUUCCCUGAGUACCUACCAAAGGUUCUAAUGAGAGGCACAAUAUAUGCACGCAUGUCUCCAGACCAAAAGACUGAACUGGUCAGAGGUCUUCAGAAACUGAAUUACCGAGUUGGCAUGUGCGGUGAUGGAGCCAACGACUGUGGAGCACUGCGGGCUGCAGACGUCGGUGUCUCUCUGUCAGAGGCUGAGGCUUCUGUGGCCUCUCCCUUCACCUCCAAGUCUGACAACAUAAGCUGUGUGCCUUUGCUUAUCAGGGAGGGGAGAUGCUCACUGGUGACAUCUUUCAGCCUUUUCAAGUACAUGGCUUUGUACAGUUUGAUCCAGUUUGCUUCUGUACUCAUCCUUUAUACUGUGAAAACAAACUUGAGCGACCUGCAGUUCCUCUUCUUUGACUUAGCCAUGGUAACAGUGCUGGCUAUAGUGAUGGGGAGGGGUGGUCCCAGCGAUGAGCUCCACCCUCGGCGCCCCCCUGCCAGCCUAUUGGCUCUGCCUGUUCUGUCCUCUUUGGUUCUACACACCAUUCUGUUGAUCCUCAGCCAGGUGGCUGCUCUCCUUAUCACAACCUCACAGGAAUGGUACAUUCCUCUAAAUUCCACAGAGCCAGGCUCACACAAUCUGCCAAAUAUGGAGGACACAAGCGUGUUUGCUGUGUCAGGGUUACAGUACAUCAUCAUGUCUAUAGUAGUAACAAAAGGAUACCCUUACAAGAAACCACUUUUCCACAAUGUUGUGUUUGUACUUGUGCUGCUGGUCCAGUUUGGGGUUAUGAUCUGGCUGGUGCUAUUCCCUGAAACCUUCCUGCAUAAGAUGCUGCAGCUGUAUGAAAUCACUGACAUGAGUUACAAGCUGCUGCUAGUGGCCAUUGCUGCUCUUAACUUCUUCAUAUGCUGCCUGCUGGAGGCUCUUAUUGACAAAUGUGCGCCGGAUUGCCUGCGCAUACUUCGGGGGAACCGUAGCUCGAAAAAACAAUACAAACGCUUGGAUGCCCUCCUGGCAGAAACUCCUUCGUGGCCUCCCUUAGACCAGUUGAUAUAUCCACCACAGUGUUCUGUCAUUGGUGUUAGCUAGUAUCAGUUGCUGUCAACAACCUCAUCUCCACACAUCAACUUUCAGUAACCAAGAGUGCCACUGGUCUUGUUACUACCUCCCAACACUUGUGCAGUGGUUUGCAGUCCCCUACUCUGUGUAUUUCUAUUUUCUCUGCUUACACACCUGAGCCGUCUCUUCAGUGGCUUUCUAUAUAGCUGAUGAGUUGAAUUGUGUGUUAAAAUGGAGAAAAUAAAAAUACAGGAGUGGAAACCACAGGUUUAAUGGGAGGACUCUGAACUAGAUCUAAAAACAUCAAAUUGACUGUUAGAGAGAGAGUGUAUUUUAUAUCAUGCUAAAACAGUAUGCAUACACAUUAUUAAAAUUUAACUUGAUUAAAGUUGUGAUCAAAUCAAAUUUUAAAAUGUUUUAAAAUGUUCUUUCUAGUAUUUGCUAUUACAUGCAAAUAUCUAAUUUCUAUAAAUUUACAAAACUAAAGCAUUCAAGAUGAUUAUUUUAAAAAGUCUUUAUUAAAGGGGUAUUUUGUAAAGUA